GCCACUCUUUCAUUUCACGGACUGUUUUUUCACCCUCGACGCACUUUCUGGGAAUCGGCACUGCCCUCUUCUUCCUUCUCGCCGGACACAAUAACACCGAGUCUCCGCCGCCGGACCUCCGGCUUCCGCCUCCGCACAUUGAUUCAGGAUACACUCGAAUCGGGUGACUUUUCAAUCGAUUUUAUUCUCUCAAUAACCCGCAAAGAGGUCGAAUUGCGCUCUGGUUGGGGAUAGAGUUGGAUGAGAAUCUGAGAUGCCUCCGAAGCAGCAAGCGAAAGCCGAUGUAGCGAAGAAGCAGAAGGUCGUAGAGGACAAGACCUUCGGUUUGAAGAAUAAGAACAAGUCCAAAGCCGUCCAGAAAUACGUCCAGGCCCUCAAGCAGAACGUCCAGCCUAAACCUGACCCCAAAAAGGUCGAUGCUAAGAAAAAGAAAGAAGAAGAGAAGGCCAGAGAGAGGGAGCUCAAUGAAUUGUUUAAGGUUGCUGUUAGUCAGCCGAAGGUCCCACCCGGUGUGGAUCCAAAAUCAAUACUAUGCGAGUUCUUCAAAGCUGGACAGUGUACAAAAGGUUUCAAGUGCAAGUUCUCACAUGAUCUGAAUAUUCAGAGAAAAGGAGAAAAGAUUGACAUUUACAGUGAUAAACGUGAUAAUGGUGAUUAACUUGUUAUAGUCAUUGUAAUGUAGUAUUUACUCAUUUUUGGCUGUAUCUUUGUUGAUCUUCCUAUUUUAUUUGAAUUUGUUUUUUUACUUGAUUUUUGCUUAAAAAGAAACAAUGGAGGACUGGGACCAAGAGACUUUGGAGAAGGUUGUGGCAUCAAAAAGCGAGGAAUAUAACAAAAACAAACCCACAGAUAUUGUUUGUAAAUACUUUUUGGAAGCUGUGGAGAAGAAGCAAUAUGGAUGGUUUUGGACCUGUCCCAAUGGUGGUAAAGACUGCCACUAUCGGCAUGCUCUUCCCCCAGGUUAUGUUCUGAAAUCACAGAUGAAGGCUUUGUUAGAGGAAGAAACAACAAAAGUAUCUAUAGAGGAAGAGAUUGAAGAUAAGCGUUCAAAAUUGACCACAUCAACUCCUAUG